CCCUUCGACAUCAUAUGAUUUCGAGCACAUCGUUCCUUCAAAAUACCCAACGAUUCCGAACACUCUACGGUCCCAAAAUGUCCGGGUUACGUGCAACCAAUCUACUGUCACGAAGAGGCUCCAGAGCCAUCAAUGCCAUCUUUUCGCCAGCCCACUCUGCACAACUGGCAAGGCAAUAUGGUGGCAUCCGGCAAAUCAACUACGGUCCAGGACCACAGACAGUUUUCAGCACUGAGUUUUGGAAAAACUUGAUACCUAAGCCGCUUCGUUCGGACAACCCCAUGAAGCUGCGCAAAAAAAAGUCCAAGGAUUGGAAUCCAGCUACAUUCUACAUAGUCAUUUUCCUCUUCAUAGGGUCAAUGUCUAUCCAGAUGAUAGCGAUGCGCAGGAACUUUGAAAACUUUAUGCGACAGUCGGAUGUCAGGAUUGCUCUUCUUCGCGAGGUGGUUGAGAAGCUGCAGAAAGGGGAGACGGUUGAUGUUGAGCAGGCUUUGGGCGUAGGCGAUCGACAGAAGGAACAAGAAUGGGAAGAUGUCCUCCGAGAGAUUGAAAAUAGCACCCCGAAACCCAAGUCGAAGCGUCAGAAGAAGCAAGCAUCGUCAGAACCUGCCGCUGUUGAAGACAACGGAGAGAACUCUGAGCCCAAGCCAAGGAGAACAUCGAGCGCCGAAUUCUUUUAGAAUUUGAAAUUUUUUAAUCCUACAGUCUAUGACAACAUAUCUUUGAACACCGCAGACGCCUGGUGAUCGUACCCCGGCUGAACAUUGGAAGUCGCCCCAGUCGAUGUCCGCCCAAGCGCUUCCACCAGUGCAGGCAAGAUGACCUCUGUGGGCAUCUCAACUCUAACCCCUUCUGCUCCUGUCUGCUGGUGGUUUAUUUCUACAAAAAAAGCAUCCUCUCCCCUCACUCCCCCCAUGUUCACGAUGGCUAUGGGUUUACCCUUGUCCUUUGCCAACUUCGCAAGUCGCCAGGCCGAGUAUGUUGCAAGAGACGUCCCUAGUACCAUCAGCUUGCCUGCCCCUGUGACGGCCUCUUCAGCAGCAGCCUUGACGCUCCCAGCGAUACUCUCACCAAACAUCACCACGGCUGGUUUCAGUAUGCCGACAUUGCUGGGCGACUCCCAAGCCCCAUCCUUAUCCACCUCGACCUUUGCUACCUCGCCAUUACUUAAUUGUGGCGGAUGUGCAAGACAACUGGGGCAUGCAGGAUAUCGGAAAGUGGUAUAAGGAGCAUCUGGCAGGUCGACGUCUCCAUCCGGGUUUGAUCUUAUACCCUUGGCUCUCCGCUCUGCCGGAUCUUCAGUCCCCAGGGCCCCCGAGGCUACGGCCUCCUCUAGAAAUGCCGCCCAGGCAGGAUUGAGCCGGGCUAGGUUCUCUUGGAACAAAUCCCGAGGAUACUCGCUCUUGCAGGUUGUGCACACCAACGCCCGGAGGUAGCCAUGGAGCUCCACGAUGUUGGACCUGCCAGAUGCACUUGCCAAGCCUUCAGACGCGGCGUGGUGGAGUCCGUCGACGUUCUGCGUAACAACAGAUGAAACCACGCCCAUCUUCGCAAGGUCUGCUAUCGCUCUGUGCGCAGCGUUUGGUCUCGCCUUUUGCAGCGAGGUCCAGCCCAGAAAUGAUCGCGCCCAAUAUCUCCGGCGAGCGGCAUGGCUGGCCAGGAAUUCGUGAUGGUAAAUCGGCCUGUAGGACUUGUUGACGCGAUAUGUUCCCUUGUCGCCGCGAUAAUCUGCAAGACCCGAAGCUACGGACAGACCAGCACCCGUGAGACAUGUGGUCGUCGACGGGCCAUCUGCGGAUGGUGCCGCAAUGAAUUCCAAAAGGGCUUCUACAGCUCCGUUGGUCGUCUUGGCAGUCACGGGAAAUAUUCGCGGUGAGGCAAAGACGUCUGUGUAAGGGAUGCGCAUCAAAGGCUUUCGCAAAGCCGGGCCUGACAUUGUUGCAAGCAGGGGGAUCUUUGAAUUGACAGAGCCAAACAAAAACCUAUCAAAUGUAUAAUCUUAGCUGUGCAACAAAGAAAAAUCCAGAUAUUUGAUCACAAUUUGUUGGUACACUGAGGCGCCGUCGG